AUGGAGCUACAGUACACUGGACUGGCGCAUACACUGCAGACGGCGGCGAUUGCUGCCCUGAUUUUCGUGGUAUGCGCAUUCUUACCCAAACUCAACUACAAGUCCCAGUUGGCGAAGCUGCCUAUCUUUGGAGGUUCGUCCUCUGGAGAGAAGCAGCGGCAAGCGUACCUCAGCUCUGCGAAGAAGAUGUAUAUUGAAGGCUAUGAGAAGUUCAAAGACUCUGUGUACCGCAUUGCAUCGUCCGAUGGGGAGGAUAGCGUUGUUGUGCCGACUAGCCUGUUGCCUGAGCUCAGAAAGCUUCCUGAUGAUGUUCUCAGUUUUCCCAGGGCCGUUGACAAGACCAUGGAAACCAAGUACACUAAGCUGCUGACAGAGUCUCAUCUUGUAGUACACUCUGUUCGGUCAGAUCUUACUCCUGCUCUGGGCCGUAUGAACCCCAUCGUGCGGGAAGAAGUUGACACCUGCGUCGACAAGUACAUGCCUGACUGCAGUGACUGGACCGAGGUCUACAUCUACAAGACCAUCGUCGACAUUGUCGCACAGGUGUCUGGUCGUGUCUUUGUUGGGCCUGGUUUAUGUGAAGAUCCCGAGUACCUUGACUGCGCGACUAACUACACUAUGGACUUGAUCGAUUCGGUGACUGCUAUAAAGCAGCUACGGCCCUGGCUCAGGCCUUUCAUGGCACCACGAACUCCCGAGAUCCGCCGCCUCCGCCAGAGAGAGAAGAAGCUGACUGAGUAUCUCCACCCUCUCAUCAGGCAAAGGCGGGAAGCUGCGAAAGACCCCAACUGGGAGAAGCCGGACGACAUGACGCAGUGGAUGCUAGACCGCAGCGAGGGAGAGAACAUGCCCGUGGAGCAGUAUGCUCAAUGCCAGCUUGGCUUGAUCUUCGCCGCCAUCCACACCACCUCUCUCACAGCUACCAACAUCUUCUACACCCUCGCGGCAACACCCGAAUACAUCGGCCCCCUGCGCGACGAGAUCCGUAGCGUCCUCGCCGAGCACAACGGCGAAAUCACUACCAAGGCCCUGCAGCAGAUGGAAAAGCUCGACAGCUACAUGAAGGAAGUCAACCGCUUCUUCCCCCCCGGCAUGACCUCCUUCGGCCGCCGCGUCCUCAAAGGCAUCACGCUCUCGAACGGCCAGUACAUCCCGCCCGGCGUCGUCGUCGAAGUGCCCUCGGUGGCUGUGUACUCCGACUCGGCGCUGUGGCCCGACAGCGGCACCUUCGACGGGCUGCGGCACUACAAGCUGCGGCGCAGCGGCGCCGCGACGGACCACGCGCGCAACCAGUUUGUCACCACCAACGAGCAGAAUCUGGCCUUCGGGUAUGGGCGGCACGCGUGCCCCGGGCGCUUCUUCGCGGCCAAUGAGAUCAAGAUGAUUGUCGCGAAGAUGGUGCUCGAGUAUGAUAUUAAGAUGCCGGACGGGCUGACGGAGAGGUAUGCGCAGAUCGAGAUAGGGAGGAACAUCGCGCCGAAUCCGACGAAGGCGUUGCUGUUUAGGAAGGUUCAGGUGUAG